GCCCAAGGAAACGGCGCUAAAACCCGCGGCGACAUUCGAGACCGCCACGAGAUAUCGGGCGCUCUUCGGGAACCUUCCUGAACUUUCUGUGGAUAGCGGGUUUAUUCCACCGCGCGUGUCGCAAUAAUAUGCCUCCCUGUGGCCCUGAGGAUGCUGGGGUAAGGGCGAGGCUUUUCGUCAGUGUUACUUUGACUACUAGCGAGGAGUGUCGUGAUUUUGCAUUGCAGUUUUGCUCAAAACAAUAAAGAAAAAAUGGUGAAUCAGGAAGAGCUAACGACUUGCCCCAGGCGGCUAAGGACUAUCGAGCAGCUUGCACGGUUGCCCUACGCAGCUAACAUCAUUGGCGCGGUAGAAGGAACGGAUUCAUAUUUGAAGGAAGCUAAGAUUCCGAUCUUCUCGAGUGCAUUGGGAGCUUAUGAAGCUGUGAUCAAAUGGAUUGCUUGUUUGCCUAUCAUUUCCACCAUGAUCAAUGUGAGCGACUGGAUGGUUGCUUUCUAUUUGGAAACUGUGUUUUUCAUCGUCAUCAAGAUUGGGUCUAUCUUCAUACAGUCCAAAAGGAAACUUGGUGAACUCACGGAACCCGAGAGCUUGGGUAGACUAGUUCCCCCCGUAAUAAAGGAUUCUCG